UGGCAUUCAUAAGAUGCAAACAGAAGAAUAAGGGAGAGAAAACAGAAUAUAUGUGUAUAUAUAUUAAUUAGAGGUCAAAAUAAGAGGUAGAAGAAAGCUAGCUAGCAUGGGUUCUAGGGAGCAAAAAAGAGCAGCCUUGAAUGGGAAAUUACAACAGCUUCGCGCUGCCACCAACUCUAGUGCUCUGAACAAAGCGUCAAUCAUAGUAGACGCAUCCAAAUAUAUAAAGGAGUUGAAGGGAAAAGUGGAAAGAAUGAAAGAUGCUGGAACUUCACAGAGUAGUUCGAGCGCCCAAAAUCCAUUGCCCGCGGUUACUGUGGAAACCCUAGAAAGGGGUUUCCUUAUAAAUGUGUUCUCGGAAAAAAAUUGUCCGGGUUUGCUCGUCUCGAUACUCGAAGCCUUCGAGGAGCUGGGUCUUGAUGUGCUUGAUGCUAGGGUUUCUUGUUCAGACGUUUUCCAGCUAGAAGCAGUGGGAGGAGAAAAUCCAGAGCACGUUGAUAGCUUAGAUGCUCAAGUAGUGAAGCGAGCAGUGCUGGAAGCUAUCAAGAACUGCAGUGCAUGAAUUAAAGCAGUAAAAUUGGAUCAUGAUCAUGAUCAUGAUCUUCUUGCGUCGUUUAACGAUCAUUUAUCAUGAGUAUUCAACCCAUGUCAAAAGUACGGUAUGUAGGAAAGCCAAAAGCGAGAAACUUUAAUUUGUAUUUUAAUUUCAUGCAGAAAGCAUGUACGUACGUACAAUAUUGGGCAUUGAUGGUGAAGAAACCCGAUAUGCCUUCUUGGUGAAAAAAUGAAAGAUGAUAAUACAUAUUGGAUUUCCAUUGAUCAGUAAUUUCAUCGACA